GAAAAGAGCUACAGGCCCGAAAUCACUACCACACAAGACCAGCACCUCCCUGCGAUGAGAGUAUAUCUGUGUGAAAAUAUAAGGAUUUACAGGACAAUUUUUGAGCCCCAAGUCCCAUUCGUCCCCGGAAGAGGGAGACAACGUCUGGAAAAGAGCGCAUAGACUGACGGUGAGAACGGGAAGCGAAGCAUCCGAGCAUCCCAUAGCCUUUCUUCCCUCAGUGUAGCGGAUCGCCGUAAUACUGAAGCACUGUCUGCAAUGUCUCCUGCACGGGCACGAGCUCUUCUCGGGCUCCUGGUCACACUCUGCACCCAGAGCCCACUACUGUCGGGUUCUAAGCCACUGCCGCCACGUAAUGUGAAGCUGACCUCGGUGGAUAAGGGGUUAAAGGUCACGUGGGAUUCACCCAGCGAGCUGGAUGGACGGCCUGUAGAUAGCUACAGCAUUGGCUAUGGGAAAUCCAUGAAGUCACUACGCUUUGUCACUGUGGACAAGGACAGACGGUCAGAGUUACUAGAGGACGUAGAGCCUGGAGUCCUGCAUUUUCUCAAGAUGAGUGCAGAGAAUAAGGACGGGAUGAGUAAACCUGUCUACAGGGCAGAGACUCCAGGAGGGGGAGAGUGGGUGAAACUGGAUGGCUUUGCUGUCGAGCCUUUCAACAGAUCAACUCCAGUCAGGAUGGUGUCUAUAACUUCAUCACAGAUUAACCCACGACCCCCAACUCAGAGGACGGCAUUAGGACAGCAGAGAGCCCCUCAAUCAUCCUCAGGACCAGAACCCCCUCAUCAAGGAGGACGCCUCCCUCUACGAGCACAAAACAAACACAGAGUGGACCUCAGCCAGCACCAAGCAGACCAGCGCAAUGGUAAAAAGCCCAAACUGGCAUCUGAGUCCGUCUAUGUGGUAUCACUGCAGGCACCCAGAGCCCAGGGGAGGAGUGCACCCAUCAACACGGCCACCAUGAGUAAAAAAGUAACCCCAGAGCCGGAGGUUGUGGAUGAAGUAGAGGACAUCACAGUUAGAGUAUUGUCCCCUCAGUCUGUCCUUAUCACAUGGGUCGAUCCACUUGUUGACAAGAAGAAGGAAAUACCAGGGGGAUCCAGGUAUUACACAGUGAAAUACAGAGAGAAAGGAGAAUCUGCACGAUGGGAAUACAAGGACACCACUCAGAGACGCCUCAUGAUUGAAACGCUCUCUGCGGACAGCAUGUAUGAGUUCUCUAUUUGCAUCUCUCAAGGAGAUCAGAAGGGAAAAUGGAGUGCAUCUGUGUUCCAGAGAACCCCUGAAUCAGCUCCCUCUGGCCCUCCAGAAAAUUUUCAAGUAAAACCACUUAGAGGAAAAGGUACUGCUGUCACAGCAACCUGGGAUCCGCCUGAGCAAACCAAUGGACGAAUAAGAGAGUACAUCCUUUCCUAUGCUCCUGCUAUGAAACCGUUUGGCGCAAAGUCAGUUACAUACCGUGGCACCACCACCUCUGCUACCAUAGAUGGACUUACGCCAGGUGACCGCUAUAUUUUCAAAAUUCGUGCAGUCAAUAGGAAAGGGCAAGGACCACAGACUAAAGCCAUUAUUGUUUCAAUGCCUGCAUCCAGCACUACUCACUUAAGGAACACGGACAGCCACAGGACGAGUCAAAGUACGUCCAAGACAUCAUCCAACAAUGAAUCAGACAAUCAGGAGUCAGAUGAGAUGGAAGAGUCCGAUACUCAGACCACAACUCCAACCACCAAUAGGCGGGGGCGCCCUCUUUCUCAGACAAGGUCCUAUCACAGCAUCUUCUCCUCUGUAAGGGGUUCUGUCAGAAACGGAGGUUCUAGCUCAAGGUCAAACUCACAUUUAUCUUCAACUCAUACCAAAGAUAGAGAAGGAAAUACAGAUGAGGAAGAGAAGCCAACAGACAGUCCAACAGAAGAGGAGAUCAGAGCAAAUGAAGCUGAGGACACAAAACCAGAGAGCAGUAACAAUGUUUCACCACAAACAGAAGAACAUUCAAAACACUCAUCUGACGCUAAAGAAUCAAAACCCAAUAAGUCUGACUCUUUUAAUAAAACAUCUGAGGACAAACGUCCUUCUUGGACCCCUCGCACAUCAUCAAUUGUUGAUAUUAGCAGAUUAAGAAGACCUAAUUCUCGCACACAUGGUUCUCGAUCAAGGAUACGGAGUGAAGAUUCCUCAAGCUCAUCACAAAACCAAGAGUCUGCAGCUACAAGAAAAGACCUGACAGCAGUUUCCUAUCCUGAGGGAAAGAACUCGUACAACCAGAUAAGUGUCACUGACAGGACGCCUUCCGUGAUCUCACCUCAGGAAACCAGGCCUGAACCAGCGAAAGAAUCAGAAUCAUCCUUAUCCAUCUCUUCUUCUCCAACUUCCUCCACAGCGUCAUCUUCAUCAUCCUCUUCUUCCACUUCAUCUUCUUCAGUAUCUUCUCCAUCAUCAUCCUUACCAUCAUCAUCAUCUUCUUCUUCUUCAGGUACAAGAAGGAUUUCCUCCACGUCAGGUCGAGUCACGAGUUCAGGAUCUGGUGCUAUGUACCCUAAUGGAAGAAGAGUUGGAAUUUCAAUUAGAGCUCAAAGACUUCAAACAGAAAAGCACAAACCUGAUUCAUCAUUAUCUGCUUCUUCACAAUCCACACUGCCAACAGGAACCAGCACAAACAAUCACCAUACAUCAAACGAGCAUGAUACCAACCAAAAGAACACAGAGCUAGACACAACAAAGGAUGAACAACCAACUGCUUUUGAAGAAACCAAAAAAAGCCUUUCUGAUACAACUAAAGAGGAAAACCCGGACCAAAAGGAAAAUUCUGAUAACAAAGAAGAGAAAGGUGAUAGUUAUGGUUCCACUUCCCAUUCUCCUUCAAGGACUAACCCUUCUACAUCCGGACGAAGUUCACCCUUUUCAUUACCAAACCGAAGUUCUAGGGUAGUUGCUGGGAGUCGCAGACAAGAUGGCAGAAUACCGUGGAGUAGGACUGCCUCAUCUGUUGGUGCAGGAAGGCCGAUUAUUAAAGGAUUUCCUUCUCGUUCUACUGCUGUGAGCUCUCAAGACACUAGUGAUAAAACCAAAGUUUCACCCACAACAUACCCUUCAAAGCAUGAGAUUGAUCCUGUCUCAAAUAAACCUAAUGUGCUAAAUAGAGAAACAAAUCCCAAUAAUCCCAGUAAUAAUGAAGCUGUAAAGAUUAGCAAUGAUCAUGAAGAUGAUUAUCUUUACGAGGGAAGCAAAGAGACCUUGGAGAGGCAAACCAAAGAUGCAGUCUCAACUGCAGCAUCUAAAACGACAUCAACAGCUGUGAGCGAAGCUCAGAGACAUGUCCAGAACUUUGAGAAUGAAAGUGUGGAUAGGGAACAAAGUAGUACCAAUACCAGUUCACUACCUACAGUUCCCCAAAGAGUCCCUAUUUUGGCUUCUAAUGGUCGGGUCCGCUCACCUGUGGUAGCAAGUCGUCUGAAAGGGUCACGGCUUCCUAAUAGGUUGUACCCAGUACAACACAGAAGAUUGGGCUCUGCUGCCACACUGGAUACAUCAUCCUUCUCUUCAGCAUCAUCGUCUGCCUCCUCUCAAAACAGUCCAGCAGAAUCACCACUUAUCUCAGAUCGUGAUACAACUGUCGGGAGUAAUACUAAUGUUAGGCUCACCCCAGGUUCAGUUUCUCGCUCUUCUCAUGGGCUGUCUGCUGGCGAACGCUCUAGUGGGAAUAUAUCUCCCGAGUCUCGGAAUCCAGUGAUGGGAUCGAGGCUGCGGUCACUUUCUAAGGAAAACACCCCAGUCAAUGGCUACAAACCAAGUUAUGGAAAAGGCAAAAAUGGAAGGCCGAAUCUGACAGCUGCAAAUGGCAGAGUAUCCUCAACAUCUGAUGAAAAUGCAAAACCAAAUGGAGUUCGACAUAUCACAGGUCCUGAUGGAACGAAAUGGAUAGUAGAUCUGGAUAAGGGUGUCCUAAUGAAUGAAAACGGAAGAGUCCUUCAGGAUUCAAGGGGAAGACCCAGAAAAGUUAUCCUUGGAGAGGAUGGCAAGACUAUUUUUGAUGACCAGGGCAGCCCACUGGUAAACCAGGAAGGAUUAGCAUUAUUUGGACAUGGAAGGGACAGUCGACCUGUGAUUAAUCCAAGUGACAAGUACCUUACUGUGGGAGGAAAACCCAUUGUGGGCUUAGACCGCCCUAAACCCAGGACUACAACUACUACAACCACAACUGAAACAACCACUACAACCACAACUACAACAACCACAACUGCAACAACAACAGAACCUGCAACAACAACAGAACCUACAACAACACAAAUGGUAACAGAGACAUUGGAGCCGUCAACAUUAGGUGCUGAUCCUACAUGUCCACCUGGACUUUAUUCCCGACUGGAUAAGAAUGGUUUCGUAAUAAUGGAUGUUGAUGGAAUAGUUAACUGCUACUCUGAAGAUGAACUUUUUGUGGAGACCACCACAAUCCAAGUCCCACUUCCCACCACAACUCUGGCUCCCACAAUACAGACUCCUACAACACAGGCUCCCACUCCUGAAACACGGCCAUUUAACAACACUCCUUCCUCUGAGUUUGAUGUGGCUGGAAAGAAACGUUUCACAGCUCCAUAUGUAAACUACAUCCGUAAGGACCCGGGAGCUCCCUGCUCCCUCACUGAGGCUCUGGAGUACCUGCAAGUGGAUGUCUUAGCAGACUUGAUGGAGAAGGACCAACAAUCACUCAAUCAAAAGCAGCCACCCAAAAACAAGCCCCAUAAUGUCACUGUGGUUGCUAUGGAGGGCUGUCACUCCUUUGUGAUUUUGGACUGGGCACUUCCACUGAAAGAUGACAUGGUGUCUGGCUACAUGGUACACAGUGCAUCCUAUGACGAUGUCCUAAAUAACAGAUGGUCAACGAGACCCUCAAGUGGAACACACCUUCCUGUUGAAAAUCUCAAGCCCAAUUCCAGGUAUUACUUCAAAGUUCAAGCAAAGAAUGUCUUUGGACUGGGGCCACUCAGUGAAACUUUAACGUACGUCACAGAGUCAGAUGACCCCCUGCUCAUAGAGAGACCCCCAGGUGGGGAGCCCAUCUGGGUCCCAUUCUCAUUCAGGUAUAACCCAGCCCACAGUUCUUGUAAAGGAAGUCAGUUUGUCAAGCGCACCUGGUACAGGAAAUUUGUAGGUGUCGUCCUCUGCAACUCACUGCGCUAUAAGAUAUUCAUGGGAGAUGGACUGAAAGAAACAUUCUACAGCAUUGCUGAUACAUUUGGCCAUGGAGAGGACCACUGCCAGUUUGUGGACUCCUAUCUAGAUGGAAGGACAGGACCACACAAUCUCUCCCUCAACCUACCCACAGCUCAAGGAUAUUAUCGCUCAUACAGACAAGAGCCAGUGAAUUUCGGGGCCAUCGGCAGGCGCACACCGCAUCCUUUCGUUGGCUGGUAUGAAUGUGGAGUUCCAAUCCCUGGAAAGUGGUAACAGGGGGAAACUCCAAGAGGACAUUUCCACAGGCAAUCACAUACCAUGUGUUCUCUUCCUAUAUCUACCAGCCAAUCACAGAGGUGAACUAUUGCUCACCAAGGCAACCAAACAUAAAUCAUAUAGCAACUGCUUCUGAUGGAAGGAAUAUAGUACUUUGAGUAACACUAAUAUUUCUACAUAUUCGAUAUCAAGCACUUUUUUUUUUUAAAUCAGUCUGUAUAUGAGGAAAUUGCAGCAUGUGUAUUUGAGUUUAUUAACAGUGUUUUAUUUUCAUGUGUUCUGUAUUAGUAAUUAUUUCACAUUCAAUUCCACCUGGAAUAUUUAUCUUACAGUAACUUCAAAGAAACACAAAUUGUUGGCUUGUUAAAUAUCAAAGCACAAAAUCAAAUGACAAAGUAAUGUCUGAGAACAAAAAUAUGACAUUUGCAAUGAUGUAACAAUUUUAUCUGUGAGUGAUGUUUGCUGUUGUUUAUAUAACUUGCUGAGGUUUUAUAAUCUUACUUUUUUGUAUUACCCUCUUUUUGAAGAAAAGUUGGCAUGGAAGUAUUGCCCAUAUUAGGGCAGAUUGAAAAAAAAAAACUAUUUUUAUUUGCUCAGGAAUGGUUCAAAUUUGAAUAAAGGUGCUAUGGAGAAAAUGUAA